UCGUGGCGACGUGCGGUCUUCCACACGCUGUCUAAUCUAAUCCACUCGCUUGCUUUCUCUCACUCUCUCCGUCAUCGAAGGGCUGACUGAAGCAGAAUGGCUUCGAUUCCUUCCGCGCGCUUCCGACCGCCGUCGUCGGCCGCUUACAUCGACCGUGAAUCCUCCAAAUUCCUCAGAAAAGUACCGGCGUACCUCCCCCAGCCGCAGUUCUUCCUACUCCCCAGGCUCAAGCACGUCGGCCCUUCUAGGUCUCCGCCAAGCCCCUUCCUCUGCUUCUGCCACAACAGCACCUCGUCGGGUGAGAGCGAGGAAGGUUCCUCCUCAAAAGAUGGAUCUUCCUCUAUGAGCUGGGACUCGCUCAUCGAGGGGGUCGUUCGUGGCGCGGCUAAGAGGUGGGACGAGGUGGUGGCUGCGUACCGCAAUUAUUCGUCCAAGAAUGGAUUGCGGGUGGUUGCAUCGGAGGCGGGAAAGGAGGAUAUUGUGGAGGAGGAGAAGAAGGUGACUGCGGUCGAGGAAAAUGGGGAGGAUUGGGAUUGGGAGAGGUGGAAGCUGCAUUUUAUGGAGAUUGAAGAACACGAGAAACUUGCUUCCGUCUUAAAGUCACAAUUGAAUGAGGCUAUUUCAAGAGAGGAUUAUGGAGGAGCUGCAAAGCUGAAGUUGGCCAUAACUGGUGCUACAAAAAAAGAUAUUGUUGGAGCAGCAUUGACUAUUAUGAAUAGAGCUAUAGAGGAAGAGCGAUACAACGAUGCAGCUUUCAUUCGUGAUCAUGUUGGGGCAGGACUGGUUGGUUGGUGGGCUGGCAUUUCCGAAGAUGGUACUGAUCCAUAUGGUCGGAUUAUAUGCAUAACCCCGGAGUAUGGAAGAUAUGUAGCAAGAAGCUACAGUCCCAGACAGCUAGCCAGUGGCAAGGUGGGUUUUCCUCUCUUUGAGAUUUUCUUCAUCAACACAGAUGGAGAUUACAGACAACAGGUGGUAUAUUUUCAAAAAGCUGAAGGUUCUGAAGAUUUAACAAGUAACUGUGAGGAAAAACCUGGUUUCAACAGCUUAAACUCGUAUGAGGGUUUGAAAGGAGAAAACAGCCUACAAGCACAAGAUAUAAAGACAGUUGAAGGAAGGGAUGAUGAUUUAAAUAUGAUGGAUGGCAUUUCUAUUAUCCAGAAUGUUUUACGAGAUUUAAUUCCUGGCUCCAAGGUCAGGGUUUUAAAACUGGUGUCACCUGGGAAAGUGGACAGGGGCAUAAUUGCCAAAGUUGUUGAACAGAUAAUGGAGGAGGAGGAGGAGGAGGAUGGUGGUGACGAAGAUAGUAGUGACGAAGAGUUGGAAAGUGCAGAAUCAGAUGACCUUAAUCCUGACAUUGAAGAGAUAGAAAUGGGCGCUGGAGAUUCUACAAGUGCACAAGAAGAGAAAAGUGAAUUAUCGUUUAAAGUCAUUAUUGGUGAUUUGACCCCCAAAUCAUCUGCUGAUGUGCUCCCCACCAAUCUAGUCCGUGUUCCAGCAAAGCUAGAGAAAAGAGAUAACUCAUCAUUUUCAAUUACUUUAGGGCAAGAUGCUAUCCAGAAUAAAACUGAGAGGAAAAAACAGGCUUCAAAGAGAAAAGCUUUUGCUACAAAAAAUGCUGACCUUCUUUCAUCUGAGCUUGCUAAAAUCAUUCCUGAUAAAAAUGGGAUACGUUUGAAGGUAUUGAAAGAUCUUCAGGAGCUAAUCAAGUAUAGUGUCAACAGCAGACAGAACUAUCAUUCUUUAUUUGAAAAAACUUUAUUCAGCCAAAUUGAGAUACCAUCGACCUCAGAUACACUUAGUGGACUAUACAUUGGUUCCCAUGGCAUGUACACCUCCAAUGUCCUCCAUCUUAAGCGCAAAUAUGGACAGUGGCAGGAGGAUAGUACAUCUGAGAAAUAUGUGGAUCUUGAAUUUUUUGAAUAUGUUGAAGCUAUUAAACUGACUGGUGAUCCUUCUGUGCCUGCGGGUCAGGUAGCUUUUCGUGCAAAACUUGGCAAGCAAAAUCAACUUCCUCAUAAGGGAAUAAUCCCUGAAGAAUUUGGAGUGAUUGCUAGGUAUAAAGGACAAGGGAGGCUAGCUAAUCCAGGUUUCCAAAAUCCUCGAUGGGUUGAUGGUGAACUUGUGAUUUUUGAUGGAAAGUACAUUAGAGGAGGCCCUGUUAUUGGUUUUGUAUACUUGGCGCCACAAUCUCACUUCUUAUUCUUCAAUCGGUUAAGCCUACCAGCUUAGGAUGGUGUCAUACGAAGUCUGUUCAUGUUGAUCAAUGUAGAUACAAUGAAAAUCACAUCACAGGAGUUUCAUAUCUCGCUACCCUGCAUCUAUGGCCCAAGUAUCUACAAAACUGAUCAACAUCAUAAGACUGCGGUAUUGACAAGGAAACUAUUCAAACACAUAAUGGCGGCUGCUUCAAUUUUGCGGCUCACCAAUUGCUGUGUCCUUUCACUUGAGCUUGCAGCUGGUAAAAAUCACCAAUGAUUUUAUCAGUUAAAUAUUUAUGAUCUUAGCACCACGUAAUUCAGCUCAGCCGCAUUCUCUUUGUAGUUGUUUUACUUUGUAAAAGCUUUCCAAAGCUUCUUGUACUGUUUUCAUGCAUUAAUUAUUUUACAUUUCAAUCGACCAUUAA